AUGCUUUAUUCAGGUCGUCUGGUUCCUCUAUAUCGAUAUGCUCGAGGUGCGUAUGAUCAUUUUUAUACCACAUAUUCAGAAGAAAUUGGUACAACUACUCCUGGUAGUAUCGGUCGUUUCAAUUACGUCGCCGAAGGUGUUCAAUGCAAAAUAUAUGAUGCGAAAGAUUUUCAACCACAAUUUACGCUUCCUUUAUAUCGAUACGUCAACAUUCGCAGUGCUCAACAUUUCUACACGACCAGCUGGCAAGAAAUUGGCACAAAUGCAGUUGGUGUUACUAUUGGAGUUUGGAAAUGUGAAGGCAUUGCGGGAUACAUCUACUCGAUGCGUCGACCAGGCACAGAACCACUUCAUCGCUACUAUCACCGCAAUAAGAAUGCACAUUUCUACACGACGUAUGCUGGCGAAAUCGGUACAAUAACACCAGGUGCAGUUGGCAAAUUUGGGUAUACAUAUGAGGGUGUCGCCGGUUAUGUUGUAACGCCCAGUCGUAAGUCACACAAGCUCCUCGUUGAUUGA